GAAAGGGCAAGCGAUCAAAUCAACAAAAAACCAUGAGCGCCACACUUACCGGAAUCACGGAGCGGGUGUUCGCUUACCGGGCGCCUGAUCCUCAACUUGAAGUCUUUGAGCCUCCCAAAGAUCGCGCUUUUUUCGCAGACCCUGAGAAGAAGGCUCUGUUGGCCGCAGCCAAGCAGGUUCGACAUUUGACUCCGUACAUUGGUACCGAGUUGAUCGGGGUACAACUCAGUCAACUCAAUGAAGCACAAAAGGAUGAGCUUGCCUUGCUGGUGGCCGAGAGAGGCGUAGUGUUCUUCCGGAACCAGGAUAUCACGCUGGAACAACAGCACGAACUGACAAAGCAUUAUGGAAUUCAAGACCGAGAUCCAAAUCAGCAGGAUCCCCGUCACGUUACCAUCAUCGGCCGCGACAACGACAUCCGAGCGUAUGGCGAUUUUGCAGGCGAAUACCAUGCGGACCAUUCUCAUGAGGCCAACCCACCGGCAUAUACCAUGUUACGAAUGGUCAAAACUCCCGAGUUUGGUGGCGACACCAUCUUCACCAGCCAGACGGCAUUGUUUGAUAAACUGAGCCCGUCAUUUCAGAAGCUCUUCGAGAGCCUUCAUGGAGUUCAUAGCUCAGAGCACCAAUUCCUGGCAUCGGUCAACGCUGGCUAUCAGCCAUUCCGUGCACCGCAGAGACGCGAGCACCCCUUGGUCCGCACGCACCCAGUGACCAAUCUAAAGUCGCUCUUUUAUAAUCCGAUGUUCGUGGUCCACAUUGCUGAGCUCAAGGGUCAAGAAGCCAUCCAUACACUCAAUUUCCUACGCGAGCAUCUUCAUGCGGCCGACGACCUCACCGUCAGGUGGAAAUGGGAGCCAGGCAGUGUCGCGUUCUGGGACAACCGAGUCGUUGCUCACAGGGCUUUGCCUGGAGGUUAUGAUACGUCGCUCAGAGAAGGCAAGCGAACAGCCAUCUUCGGCGAAGCACCAUUCUUUGAUCCUUCAAGCGAAACCCUGAGCGAACGCCUCAAGAAAGGAAAGGAUGAACAGGUCGGGGAUGAAACAGUGAAGCUUCAUUUUAGUAACUAG